AUUGCAGGUGAAAAACUCUUUUCAAAUGUGGUUGAUUGGAAUGUGAUUGGAGCACUAACUUGUCUGCUUUGAGAUGAUCCUAUGUUACUUAAUUAAGGAGACACUUCUGUUUCUCUCAAAUGUUACUGAUCGGUGUGGUGAUUUCUGUAAUGGGAUUUGAACGAAAUUGAAAAGAAACAAUUGACUAGUUGAGGUUAUAGCAAAGGUCUUGGUCUAUGGUGAAGUUGACAACUCUUUUGCUUAUGGAUUCAUAUGGUGAAGGUAAUGCAGUUCUUGAAGCCCAAGGCCCAAAAGAAAACCAUCUAGCAGAGACAAGAAGCAACGGCUAUAAGAAAAUUAAAGCUCACUGGUUUUUCCAGUCUGCACAAAAUCAAAACGAAUCAGCAAGGCAGAGCAACUUUGCACAAGAAGAGGCAAGCAAUAUAGGAAGGACAACUGCAUAUAAUAGUUUACAGGCCACAAAAACAGAAACCGAGCUCAGAAGUCAGACUUGCUGGUUUUAUAUUAAAUAUAAACGAGAUAAGAGUUAUUGCUCAGCUGGGUUUCUUCUCUGUGUGUAUGUCCUUUUGGACAUUACUCAAAGCAUUUACGUUUGGAGUCAAUGCUUACUGUGUCCCAUGUCCUUAUGAUCACUUCAUUCAGCUUUAUUCUUUUAAAUUUAGGCUAUUUUUUCCCUCUUUCUUUUUGUUGGUUUACAUAUUUAUCUUGGGGAUUCAAGGCAGUCCUUACUUCUGCUGCUGCCUCAGAGUUUACACUUGAGAGAGCUCUGCAUUUCCUAUUCCUCUUCAAGGCUUCAAGGUACCAUCUUCAAAUGGCUCGUUCAGCACCAGUACCCGCCUUUUUCCAGGUCCUUGUUGGUGAUUUCUCUGAGAAACUGAAAAUGCCAACAGCUUUUGUCAACGACUUCAAUGGACCAGCACUAUGCAAACUUCGAGGCCCUAAUGGAAAAUGCUGGGAUGUAAAAUUGGAAGAGAAAAACAAUGAUCUUUUCUUCCAUAAAGGCUGGAAGAAAUUUGUGAAGGAUAACUAUUUGGAGGAAGGAGACUUUCUGGUUUUCAAUUAUGAUGGCAAUUCAUUGUUCAGUGUGACAAUCUAUGAUGAAAGUGCAUGUGAAAUGGACAUGGAAGAAGCCAAGAGAAAGAGAAGUACUGGUGGUCUUGUUGGUCAAAUGAGGGAUUAUGUCAUGCCUGGGGAGACAAGACUCAGAAUCAUUGAGUUCAAAUCAGAGCAUCUUUGCUUUAAGAGAACUAUGGAGACUCACAGACUGUAUCAGCUGAACAUUCCUAUAAUAAUAGCCAGGGCUAAGGGUCUCAUGAGCAAGCGGACUAUAGAGCUUCGGGAUCCAAGCAACAGAUCAUGGCCUGUUGCAGUGACCCCCAUGGAAGAUGGUCGUACACUUAUGAACAAAGGCUGGUGUGAUUGUUACAAGGCGAACCAGAUUAAGAAAGGGAACACCGUUGUUUUUGAGUUUGUGAAGGGACAUGUGAAGCUUCACAUCGUUAGAGAUGAGGGAUAUGAAGUGAUGCUCACAGGUCCUAAUAUCGUGUAUUGAAGCUAGUCACUGCAGGUGCAAUAGUCUUGUCUGUUUUCAGUAAAGGAUCCUGUGUUACUUAAGUAUGGUUAUUUUUCAUUUCGGGGACGCUUCUAUUCCUGUUAAUUAGUGAUUGUUGUUUGGUAUGUUCUGUAAUGGGAUUUGAAUGCAAUUGAAAAGAGAUAAUUGACUAGUU